AUGGCUCGUGGAAACGCUGAACUCACCAAGAUCAUCUACAAGGGAAAGGACAACAACUCCUACGUUGUCAUCGUCGAUUCCGCCGAGGAGUACCAGAAGUGGAAGAAGGAUCAGUCUGUGCCUUUGGCUCAGGUCCUGAGUGGAUGGAAGAUCUUCACCACCCACAAGCACGGAGCCCAGGGCAUAAUGGAUACCGCCUCAAACUCCUCUUUGGAGAAUGAGUUUGGUACUUCCAACGAGGAGGAAUGCGUCAAGAAGAUUCUCCGCGACGGAAGUCCUCAGACCAAGACCAACCCCGAGCGCCAGGGUGACACGAACAUGACCGACGGUUCCAUGGUGGCCCACUAG